AUGGAGGGAGUACAAAAAACGUUUCUUAAAAAGAUCUACGAAAGACAUAUUCAAGGCAACCACAAUGACAUAAAAUUUGUUUUUCAAGAUGGUUUCUCUACAGGAAGUAAAAUAUGUCUGACAGCACUUUCGUCCUUCUUUGAAGCGAUGUUUUCGUCUCACAUGUUGGAGAAGAACAGUGGAGUGGUCACGUUGCCGACAGUGUCUAAACAAACCUUUGACGAUGUGCUGAAAUUUCACUUUCUUGGUGAGGACAUCAUCAACGACGUCAACUGUCUUUUGCUGUUUGAUGUCGCUGAGAUGAUAGAGCUGGAUGACCUGAAGUCUCGCUGUCUGGGUUAUCUGAACAACAGUCGUACACUGACCACAGAAAACUGCAUUCACAUAUGGAGAUCAUUUAAGCAGUACGGCUUGGAUGAUCUUGUUACAAAAGCGUUAAACUACAUAGUCAAGAACAUGGAGAAACUUUCAGAGCAGGGAUUGACCAUGGAUCUGACAAAAGAUGAAUAUCUCCAAGUGUUGUCUCAGGAUGCUUUGUCACAGAAAGAAGAGGACGUUCUUCGUUAUGUCCAGAUGUGGUUGAAGAAAAACAAUUCUUCAGUUGAAACUAUGGUCGAUCUGUUCAAGCAAAUCAGAUUUGAGCACGUCAUUUUCGACUAUUUGAUUGAUAACGUCGAGUGUACAAGCUUUGUUAAAGAGCAUAAAUCGUUACAGCAAGUGGUUCGGGAGGGAAUCAGACGUCACUAUUAUUACAAUAAGGAGAUGAACUCCUUUUUUGACAACGGGUUUUCAGGAAAAAUAGUUGAUGCUGUGUUCAUCAUUAACGACCAUGAGCCUCUGACUGUCGCCUGUUUAACUGACAACAGUUUGUAUGAAUUAGAGUCAUCAUUUUAUUCACCAGGUCAGUGCUUUUCAGUAGCUGUUUUGGGAAAAUCAAUUUACAUUACUGGGGGCUCGUCAUCUCCAAAAUCAACAGCUGUAUAUAACGUACAGAGAAAGACGUGGAGUCGUGGUCCAGAUCUCAAACAUGAUCACAUUGGACACUGUAUGGCUGUUCUAGACGAAACACUGUACGCGAUUGGAGGACGGUACAGUAACGCUAUAGAACAGCUGCAGAUGGGACAGUACGAGUGGCAGAGGGUCGGAGAUCUUGGAUGUUCACUACAACGUCCAUGUGCUGAAGUUGUUGGAGAAAAUAUUCUGGUGAUGGGUGCAUUGUUGAAUAGAAAUAUAACAAAUAUGGUGCAAUGCUUCAACACAAAAACACACGCUGUCUGCACACUCAAACUCAACAUAACUUUGAUCAGUGAGGCACCGACCCGGUCAUAUUUGGAGAUGCCAAACCUGUAUUUAGUACACGGCAACGGUGCUGUUGACGUCAUUCACAUCGCAGACUCGAACACACCAACGUUAACAGCUGGACGUGUUGCACAGUAUGAUCAAUUCGGAUUGCAUUUUGGAUUUGUAGUCCGAGAUGGCAGCAUCAUCGUUAUUUCCCGAAACGGUCUGGAGAAGUUGAACAUCAAGGAUGGUUCCAAAGAAUCCCUCAAUUUCGAUAAUACACGGUCACUUGAUAGCUUCUUUUGUACUGUACACAUGCGGAUACCACGCUUCUGUUUGCAGUAA